GGCCCCCGUUCUUCUCUCUGGCUUGCCUCUUCAUAUUUCUCGCUCGCCCUCCUCCCUUCUGUAUCUCUCCUCUCCUUCCCACCCCCCCGCUUUCCCUCCCCCCAGGGGACCAGAAGCCAGGCCCUCCGGAGUUCGUGGCAUGGCCCCUUCCUCCCCUUCCAGUUUCUGCAAACUCCGGAGGUGCCCGAUCUCCAGUCGUUGACCACCAUUGCCCAAGACACACUUGUUCCUUCCCCAGGGAUCAUUAGUUCCGCUGGUUUCUCCAUCUUUUGAUCUGUUUCCUUUCAUCUAAUUUGGAUCGGAAUUCUUGCCCACCGGAAAAAAAAAAAUCUGUUCGGAAUUUUCUCGUGUUCCAUCUGCCAAGUGGAACUUGGUCGUUUUUUUUUUUUUUUUCCGUUUUUGCUUUUCUGGUUUGGUUUUUGAUUCUUUUGAAAGGACGACUUUGGAUUUGGCAGCUAAGCAAAAACAAACUUCGGACCUCAAUUGAACUUCUGGAAAAAAAGAACAUGAUCUUGCCUUCUGCCCCUAAUGGACAGGCCUUGAUCCUCUAAAAUAUCAAGUCGAAUCUCUCAUUUCGGGAGCCUGGGUUCCCUGAAUUCCGAGACAGGCAUGUUUCGAACUUCUGCGUAUUCCAACGUUGUGAACAUGUAGGUCGCAGUAAAUAUUUAUUUGAGGAGGACCGACAGAGGUUCGUGUUUUCCUUUUUCUACGAAUCGGGGGAUGGAAAUUGUUUCCCAGUUGAAGCGUGGCAUCUCGCGCCAAAUGUCGACCGGAUCGCUGGGGGCCCGAAGCAUGAGAGCUUUCACUUUCAGGCGACAGUCCUCUUUAGACCCGAACAGGACGGCCUUGAAAUUUAGUUUUGGGCGCCAGUCAUCUCUGGAUCCCAACAAGCGGAGCGUAGUUGAGGAGGCGUUGGCGGUGCCCGAGAAUCUGGAUUCAACGAUGCAGCUGCUCUUCAUGGCUUCUAAAGGGGAUGAAAAGGGUGUGCAGGAGCUGUUGGAUGAAGGCGUAGAUGUCAACAGCAUCGAUCUGGAUGGCAGGACGGCUCUUCAUAUUGCUGCUUGUGAAGGUCACGUUAAUGUUGUGAAGCUUCUGCUGAGCCGAAAGGCCAAUAUCGAUGCUCGUGAUAGGUGGGGCAGCACGGCUGCUAUUGAUGCUAAGUACUAUGGCAACAUAGAGGUUUAUAACAUCUUGAAGGCUCGGGGGGCUAAAGUUCCUAAAAACAGAAAAACUCCAAUGGCAGUAUCUAGCCCUCAUGAGGUUCCAGAGUAUGAACUCAAUCCGACAGAAAUUCACUUUCGGCGGGGAGAAGAGAUAUCAAAGGGUUCAUAUCAGGUGGCUAAGUGGAAUGGGACCAAAGUUGCUGUGAAGAUACUUGACAAGGAUGACUACACAGAUCGAGAUAGCAUAAAUGCCUUCAGACAGGAAUUGACAUUGCUUGAAAAGGUUCGUCAUCCUAAUGUUGUUCAAUUUGUUGGAGCUGUGACUCAGAAUAUACCAAUGAUGAUUGUUUCAGAAUACCAUCCACGAGGUGAUCUUGGAAGCUACCUGCAAAAAAAAGGGCGCCUACAGACUCCUAAAGCACUGAGAUAUGCAUUAGACAUAGCCAGGGGAAUGAAUUAUCUUCACGAAUGCAAGCCAGAUCCAAUUAUUCAUUGCAAUUUGAAGCCAAAAAAUAUAAUGCUGGAUAAUGGUGGCCAUUUAAAGGUUGCUGGCUUUGGCUUGGUAAAUUUUUCAAAACUAUCUGCAGACACAGCCAAACUAGUUGAACCGGGGUCCCUGAUUGAUGGAUCAAGUCUCUAUGUAGCACCGGAAGUAUACAAAGGCGAAAUUUUUGAUAGAAGUGCUGAUGCAUUCUCAUUUGGUCUCAUUCUCUAUGAGAUGUUGGAAGGAGUGCCUGCAUUUCACCCGAAGUCUUCAGAAGAAGCUCUAAAAAUGAUUGCUUUAGAAGGAAAGCGGCCCGCUUUCAAAGUGAAGUCAAAGAACCUUCCAGCAGAUCUCAGAGAGCUAAUUGAGGAGUGUUGGGAUCCUAAGCCUUUGGCUAGACCAACAUUUUCUGAAAUUAUAGUUCGACUUGAUAAGAUAUGUGCAUACUGCGCCAAGCAGGGUUGGUGGAAAGAAACAUUUAAGUUGCCUUGGAAAUGAUUUGAUCGCAGAGUCACUUCCCCAGUAAAUAUGGUGAAUUUAUCCAAGUGAUCUGGUGUAGCUUAAAGUUAUCUUUAUCAUUUGCGUCUGUUCAAAACGAUUCUUAAGUUGCAUGCUUGUUUCACUUAUGAGCUUGUGAAAUAAAUUUUUUAUAGACAAUAAAAUCCUCAGAGCUUCUCUAUCGAUUUGUGUCUAAUCACUGUGAAUACACCAUAAUUUCACUUGUAUGCAGUUUAUAUGGAUUUCAAUUCCUGCAACAUUAUGUCAUUGGCUACGGUUUAUUGUAA